AGAAAAAUCAGGAAAAUAAUAUGUGAGAAUCUCUCGCGAUAAAAUCCCUUUUUUUCUCCAGAAUUUUAUUAAUUUUCUCCCUAAAAUCAUAAAAUUAAUCGCGAGUUUAAAACCGAAUAAAAAACCUGUUUUUCUUCGCGAGUGACCCAAUUUUGUCCUCUUUCUAUUUCCCAUUUUCAGUUUGUUCACCAGCCCAUGAAAGUUUAUUAAUAAUUAUUAUCCUUCAACCUUAAAACUUUGUCUAAUUUCACUUUAAUUCAUCGUUUGAAAUUUUCUUUUUGGAUUCGUUCCCAUUUUCGGAAAGAGAAUUAAUCUUUCUCAAAAGUAAAAUACAGCGUUCGUCCAGAUGGAUGAAGUUUUGAGUAUCAGACCGAUCACCUCAUCGGUUGAGCAAUUAGGAUUGAUUAUUCAUGACGAAUUUUUAAAGAAAGAAUCAGAAAAAAGGACAAUGAAUGCCUCUCUGGAGACAGUUCAGAAUUCCUUGACCCUUACAAGCAAAAUGAAAGUUUUUCUUCGGCUGAGAUCCUUAACCCCAAAGUUAAAUUCUAAUGCAGAGGAUCAAGAUGAAAUUUUUGUCGUUUUAAAUUCAAGAAACCUCCUGACGAAAAUUCCAAUUGCGGAUGGUACUAGUAGCAGACGAUCGAAACAGCCAAAUAGUGUUGAGACUCAAAAUAUUAGAAAAUACACAUUUUCAAGUAUUUUCACUCCAGAAGUCUCACAACAGCAACUUUUUGAGUCCACGAAACAGAAUAUUGUGGAGUUUCUCUCAGGUCAAAGUUCAACUAUCAUGAGUUACGGUACCACAAAUUCAGGAAAAACGUACACUCUCUUUGGAAAUAACACAUCUCCGGGCAUUAUUCCAAACAGUAUCAAUUAUAUUUUUUCAAAAAUUGACUGCUCCCUAACACCCUGGUACAAACCCACUUAUGGAAAUAAUGUCGUCUGCUUGGAUGAGACUGACAGAAUUUUAGAAGUCGAUGCAAGAGAGAAGCUGAUUUCGUGCAGAUUGAUUAAUAAGACUCAAAGUUCGGAAACCUUUAUGAAAUUAGAGGAAAGCAAUUUCAAAGAAGAAUCUAGAUUUUCUGAUGGGUUUUUUUAUUCAAUUUGGUUGUCCUUCAUAGAAAUUUAUAAUGAGACAAUUUUUGACUUGUUGGCUGUUGAUGAUGAAGGGAGGAACAUGCAGUUGAAACUGGUCACAGAUAAAAGUGGCAAUACUUGUUUAAAAGGACUCAGAAUGGUUUCUGUCAGCACUAGCUUGGAGGCUUUUCAGAUAAUGUUGGCUGGAAAAUCGAGAUUGAGUGUUGCUUCCACUGCAAUGAAUUCUAAGAGUUCAAGGUCACAUUCCAUUUUCACUAUGAUCUUGAUGAAGUAUUCCAAGGAGUCUGAUCCUGAAGAAGUAACUAUUAGUUCGCUCAAAUUUUGUGAUCUUGCUGGAACUGGAGGCCUUCGAAAAACUUCAGACAUCCAGCGAGUGAAAGAAGCUCGAAGUAUAAACGCCAGUCUUCUAGUUUUAGGCAGAUGUUUGAAAUCAGUUCGCGAAGGUCAAUCAUCUAGGCAGAGUAUAGGUAUCAAUGGCCCCUUUAGAGAAUCAAACUUGACCAGAAUGUUCCAAAAAGCUCUUUCUGGAAAAGAAAAUAUCACCCUUCUAGUGAACAUAAAUCCCACUCCAGAACUUUACGUGGAAACCCAAAGUGUCCUAAAUUUUUCAUCACUUGCUAAGAAGGUAAAUUUAGAAUCUGCAAAACAAUUGAGAAGGUCCACAGAUUCCCAAUUGACAGUUAGAAGUUCCAAAUGGGAUACUUCUCUCCUCCCAUCAAUACCUCAAACUCCAGUGAAGACAGACAAAAUUUACGAAAAAAGUUUUGAAGACCUCAAAGAACAAAACCAAGCCUUGUUGAAGGAAUUAUCAACCCUAAAAACUUCUGCUUUGGACAAAGAAUUUGAAAUUCGUGAAGAACUUAGUCAAUUUUAUUCCUCGAUGAUGAAAGAUUUGGAAGAGAAUUGGAGGAAAAAGUAUCAAGAAAUAGAAGUAGAACAAAAGGAUCUUUUGAAAUGGUCAGUUAACCAGGUUGAAGAUUUUUAUAAGGAGAGGAUUGACAAUAUCACAAAUCGAAAGCGCAGACGCUUGAGCAGUGGUGAUCAUGGCGAUUUUGAUAGAUCGACUUUGGAGACUCUAGAGGAAGAAAAUGCAGAAGCAACUUCCAAGAUUCUUUCCCAAAAGCAAGUUAUCGAAAAUCUGAGAAAGAAAAAUGAAGAAUUAGGUGCUCAGAAGAGCGAGUUUCUUUUCCAGUUGGCUAUUACAAAGAAAGAGUUAAAGGAUUUAAAAGAACUAAGAAGAAUGAAUGAAUCAAUUAAUAUAGAAGAGGAAGACAACUCUGUCAAUAGAGGAAGAGAAUCUUUUCUUUUCGAGUUCAAUGAAUAUUGGGCAAAGACAACUGACCUUGAGGAGAAACUCAAAGAGAAGACAGAUCUGAUCCAUUAUCUUAAAAAUCAACUAGAAGAGAAAGAAGCAGAAAUAUUUGCAAUGAGAGAUAAGUGGCAGAAAGCAGAAACCAGAGGACUGAUUGCAUCCAGAAAAGUGGAAGAACUCGAAGCCAAAUUGCGAGAUAUUCCUUCAAGUUCCUUUGAAAGACCAUCAGAAGAUCGAAUCAUUGCAAGCUCGAAUGUGAAGAUGCCCUCUGAUUCUUCAUCUCCAGAUUCAAUGUACAAAAUUUCGAUGAUUGAGGCAGAAAGUUCACUCAUCGAUGACUAUGAAACACCUGAACUUUGUUUGAAAACACUCGUCAGGGUUCCAACAUUGGUUCCGUUCGAGUUGCCCGAAGACAGUAGAUUAAGUUUCCUCGAUUCAUCUGCAGAUAAAUCAGUGAAAAGUGGUCCAAGGUCAAGCGAAGCAAGUGGAAAAGACGAUUCUGGAAUUCUGAUAUCUUCAGGGAGUCAAAGGUCGAGUGAAUUGAAUAAAAUUGAAACUGAUGACAAAUGCAGUCAAGUGAAUAUCGUCCAGGAAGAAGAUAUCGAAAGGAUUAGGGAGAGACUUGAGUCUUUGAAACUGGAAUAUGGAAAAUUAAAGACUGAUUAUUCCAGUGAGUCUUCCAAAGCGAUAGAAUUAGAAGUGGAGUUGAUAAGUGUUCGGAAGUCGAUAAUGGCACUGGAAGAAAAUUGUAACUUCAGUAAAGAGAAGGAAGCCGACUAUGAAAGCAGACUAGCUUCAAAGAAUGAAGAUUUGAAACGUUUGAGUGCAGAUAAAAAACAGAUUGAGAUGAGGUAUAAUGAUGUUUUCAAAAAAUUAAAGUUAAAGUCGAAAGAGUAUGAGAUGAAACUUGAUGAAUUGUAUUCAAGUUUGGAAAUGAGAGAGGAAAAUGGAACUCGUGCUUCUAAGUGUCUGGAUGAAUAUAUAGAGAAAUCUGCUAGUCUCGAAAGUCAGUUGGCAGAUGCUCGUGCUCAAUUGGAGAAAUCAAAUAUUAAGUGUGCGACUGAGCAUGUUCCUAAAAUUGAUAGGCUAGAGAAGGAAUUGUUCGAGAAGACCUUAAGGGUUAGGGAAUUGGAUGGAAAGAUGAGUGAAGUUGAGAGGGACCUGGUUAGAAUUGCAGAACUUAAUGAAAAGGUAAAAGAAUUUGAAGAAGUCUUGGAGAGAUGCCAAAAAGAAAAAGAAGAUCUAAGAAAACAGUCGCAAGAGAGAUCAGAGGAUCAAUCAUCUCUAGAAUCGAAACUGAAAAAAUUAAUGAUGAAAGUUCAGGAACGUGAAUCUGAAGUCUUACAUUUGCAAACGACCCUUGAGCAAAUGAAAAAUGCAAAUAGUGUCAACUCAGAAAGGGCUGAUGCGUUAAGCAAGGAAAUUUCCGAAUCUCUUCUCAGAGUGGGAAACAUUAAAUCUGAGCUGAUGAGAUCCGAAGAAGCUCGAAAAGAAUUAGAGUGGGUUUCAAAAGAGGAAGUUGGCUUCUUGCGUUCGAGAUUAUCGACUUUUGAAAAGCAUGGGGCUUUUUUAAGCAUGAUUUGUAAGAAGAAUGAAAAUAAUGAGGAGGAAGUGAAUAGGUUGAAGCUUGAGUUAUGUGAAAAGGAGAGAGAGAUCAAUCUUUUUAAGAAAAACAGAGAUGCUACUAUUCUCAAGUAUGAAUCAAUGGUUCGACAAUUGCAGCUGGAUGUUGAGAAAACAAAGCAGGCCAGGAAAAUUUUUCCUGCACGAAAAGCAUCCAAAGAAUUUCCAAGGAGCAAUAGCGAGAGUCGGAAAAAUAAAAUUGGAAAAUCAGAAAUUGGAGCAUCUUCGAAAAUUUCGAGUACCCAGAUGGCUAAUUCAUCAUCCCUGGAGUCGAUCUCAAAAGCAGAUGAAAGCACGAAUCGUUCGGUAAAAAUUGCAGCCAAGAAGGAAAGCCAGACAGAAAGCGAGCCGAUGCUGGAAAUAGUCACGUCAAAAGUUCAAGAAUUUUAUCGAAAUGUCGAUUCAAAGUCAGGAACUACUUUCAGUAGGAUUUCUGAUACCGAGGGUUCAGUGGCUUCAAGAAAUCUAGAGGGAUGGCGACAUUGACGAUCGAAGGUGAAACAUCGUCACGCUUGAAUGAACAAAUCAAGAAUAGAUAAUUAAAUUUAAUCAAAAUAAUUAUUUUUGAAUCUAAUUCUAAUUUGAUAUUCGAUUAUUUACAAAGGGAUCAUCGAUUUUGCCUCAAAUAUUUUGAGGAAUUUAAUUUGUAUUUAAAUAUUCAUUUUUUGAAUUUUGUACUUUCUUAUUUACUCGACGAGUUUUGUUAAUGAUGUUAAUAUUUCUAAUAUUGGUCAACUUCAUUAUAUUAUUUAUUUUUUCUUCUGAUAUUGUGAAAGGACU